AUGCAAUCUAUUAAGGAAACUGUUGCUAAUGUUGCUGCCUCGGCCAAGUCUGGCAUGGACAAAACCAAGGCUGUCGUGCAAGAAAAGAUGGAAAGAAUGACUGCAAACAAUCCAACUGAGAAAGAGAUAGCCACUGAUAAAAAAGAAGAAAAAAUCAACCAAGCGGAACUCCACAAGCAGGAGGUUCGUGAGCAGGCCGGUGGAACGCACUCCUAUUCAACGACAGGGGAGAAGGGACAGCCCACCGGGGGACACCAGAUGUCGGCACUGCCGGGACAUGGUACUGGACAGCCCACGGGACAGGUCACCGAGAGUACUAUUAAGUCCCAUCCUAUUGGGACUGCCACAGGAACUGGGAGGCCAACCACGGCGCAUAACACACAUGUCGGUGCCGGAACCAACAAAGGGUAUGGCAAAGGUGGUGGUUAUAGUGGUUAG